UGAUCACAUGUAAACACGGAAAUGCCGGUUACUGGCAAUUCUCUCCUCUCGAGCUGGCACUGAUGAUCAGUGUGCCCUGAUGAUCAGUGUGGCCCCAAAAGUGCCACCUGUCAGUGUCCAUCAGUGCCAGCAGUCAGUGCUCAUCAGUGCCCAUCAGUGCACAUCAAUGCCACAUAUCAGUGCCCAUCUGAGCUGCCUUUCAAUGUCACCCAUCAGUGCCAGUCAGUGCCACCUAUCAAUGCCAAUCAGUGCCACCUAUCAGUGCUACCAAUCAGUGCCAGUCAGUGCCGCCUAUCAGUGUGCAUCGGUGCCGCCUGUCAUAUCAGUGUCAUGUAUCAAUGCUGCC